AAGCUCGAAUUUUUUUGUUCUAAAAAAAAGAUGAACAUUAUUUAUGUUGCUCAGUCUCGAAUUAUUUUUAUGUACUAACAUAUCGAGUGUUAAUGUUUACCGGUUAUUUUUUUGGUCUAUUUUAUUUAUGUUUCUCACAUGAAAAUCUACCAUUUUUUUUUUCUCUGAAAGAAUAAACUUUUCUUGUUAUUAUCGUUUUUUUUUCGUCUUUCAAUCGACAUAUACUCGCAGUCGACAAUCCAUUCAACCAAUUGAACUGUUUCUAAACAAUUUGUUGAGAAAAAGAAAAUUCGAAUUUCAUUUAUUCCUUUAUUCUUCUUCUCUCUCUCCUACUCUUUCUCUUUCUCUUUCAUUUUCCUUUCUUUCCUUUGUCCCUGUAUCUCUGUGUAUUUAGUUGUCUCGGUUUGGACAUAUUCAAACCGAUCGCCAUCUCGAUAAUCAUCAUUAUCCUUUUCGAAUACGUGUCUGUGUCGAGUAAAGUACCAGUGAGAACCCAAAAUGUCACCCUAAUUGCAAGGGAAAUCAUACCAAGAAUAAAUUCCCCAAGUGUAACCAAAAAUAACUUUUCAAUUGUAUUUCCUCUUACAUUCAACUAAUUAUGACAAUUGUGUGUUCUCCUAAAUUUAGUUAAGUGAAUCCCAAAUGUUCACAUGAGAUAAAAUUCAAGAAAAAAAAAAGUUCAUGUCUCAUGUAAAUUAAUUCAAUCUGAAAGCAAAGAAAAAGAAGCAAAAAAAAAACAAGGAAAACAAUGGAUUUACCAGCAAUCAACAUUGAUUGUGUUCAUCAUCAACAUUUGAUUAACUUAAACACAUAUUCCAGUAAUCAAUAAACAAUAAGGAAUCAAAUAUAAUAUAUUAUCAUUUCUUUUCUUUCCCCUACAUCUCUGGAUGAAUUAUCUCUUUAACCAGGAUGAGAGUGAUUACCUUCUCAUUGAUCAUUCAAUUAAUUGCCAUGAUAAACUUCAAUCUUCCAUCAUCAUCAUCAUCAUAUUGUUUAUCAUUAUUUUCCUUGCAAACAUUUACCACAAUACCAACAACAGUAUCAACAUCUUAUUACCUUUUACAAGGGAUCAUUGUAAUAAAGAUAAGUUAUGUUAACGGUGGAAAACAGGAAGAGUUACUUUCCACCUCCACUAAUCCUGAUCCAUCAUCACUCUUGGUGGUGGCUGGUGAAGAGGGUAAAGCCAUGUUACCCUGUUCAAUUGAUCAUCCAAACAAUGAUACAAUUGAUUUAAUCCUAUGGUUUCGAGGGGAAGAUGAAACUGCAUUAUAUUCAUUAGACGCUCGAAAAGGACCAAUCCAACGAGCUCAACAUUUUCCAAAUAAAGAUUCAUCUCUAUCAUCAUCAUCUUCAUCUCCAUCUUCAUCUUUAUCUCCAUCAAUCAAAUCCACAUCAUCAUCUCAUGCUUAUAUCGAUAUCUCCGGAAGGCCUCCGUCUUUAAUAAUUGAAUCGGUGAAACUAGACGAUGCUGGUGAAUAUCGUUGCCGUAUCGAUUUUCGUAAAAGCAGAACUCAAUAUCGAACUGUCCAAUUAGAGGUCAUAAUUGGACCAAGAGAUGUUGUCAUCAUGGAUGAAUUCGGACAGCGACUACGUGAUCUAGUUGGACCUUUUAAUGAAGGUGCUCAUAUGACCUUAAUCUGUGAAGCUGAAGGAGGUUCGCCUCAUCCUCAACUUCGUUGGUAUAAAGACGGUCAUCUAAUAGAUGAGACUUGGAAUAUAACCAUCCAAGGAAUAAUUCGUAAUGAACUUGCAAUAAAUCAUAUUCAGCGAAGUGACUUGAUGACAACGUUAACAUGCAUUGCAAAUAAUUCAAAUUUAACUAAACCAGUAUCAACCAGCAUCACAUUGGACUUAAAUCUUCGACCAACAAAAGUUCAUAUUAUGAGCCCGAAACAUGCUCUCUCUACCGAUAAAAGAGUUGAAUUAACGUGUAAAUCGGAAGGUUCCAGGCCUCCGGCGAUUGUUACUUGGUGGAAAGGACCAAAGCGAUUGCAACAUGUUUCCGAAGAUGUAACAAGUUCUGAGAAUGUAACAGUUUCCAUAGUUCAUUUUACUCCAAUAGCUGAAGAUAAUGGUAAAGUACUUUCAUGUCGAGCCGAUCAUUCAAUUCUCCCUGAUAGUGCCAUUGAAGAUUCAUGGAUACUUGAUGUAUACUUUGCUCCUAAAUUAUCAUUAUCUCUUGGAUCUAAUCUUUAUCAUGAUCAAGUCAGGGAGUCGAGCGAUGUCACAUUUGAAUGUCAUGUAAUCUCAAAUCCGCCCAUUUCAUAUGUUUCAUGGCAAUUCAAUGGACGUUCAUUUUCAAAUGCUAAUCAAAUUAAUAAUAAUAAUUCACCCAAUGAAAUCUCAAGUGAUUUGAUUAUUUUUCGUAAUCACUCAUUGACCAUACGAAAUAUAACUCAUCAUCGAUCGGGUAAAUAUCGCUGUUCAGCUGAAAAUGUUGAAGGUGAUGGUUAUAGUCAUGAGAUUAAUCUCAGAAUUUUAUGUAAGUAUAUUUAUCUACUGCUCUCUUUAUUUUCUAAUAUCAUUUAUUCACGGAGAAAAUUGAAAAAGAAAAAUUCAUCAGAACUGAAUUUCUUUUCUCUCCCUUGA